GCCAUUCUAACGUCUUGUUUUUUUCUCUGAAACCAAUUGAGUUUCCUUUGCUGUAUACUUUGGAUCGUUGUCCUGUUGGAAUCUCCACCCACAUCUCAGCUUCAUCAUCCUGGUGGAUGGCAGCAGAUUCUUCUCAAGAAUCUCCUGGUUGUGGAUAUCUACUGACACAGCUAGUUCUUUUCUGAGUAAACGUUAAUCUGUACCAACAUGGACUAUUCAAGUGAGAAGAAUAAAUCGGCCACCAAGAAAAAAGUCGUUGUAGUAGGAGGCGGCCUGGUUGGUAGCUUAAAUGCAUGCUUCUUUGCAAAAAGAGGAUUUGAGGUUGCGGUCUUUGAAUCUCGAGAAGAUAUUCGCUGUGCCAAAACUGUAAAGGGCAGGAGCAUAAAUCUUGCCCUUUCCCAUAGGGGACGCCAAGCUUUAAAACAUGUUGGAAUGGAAGACAAGAUUAUUUCCAAGAGCAUUCCAAUGCAUGCUCGUAUGAUCCACAGAGUGAAUGGAAAGCGUUCUCCCAUACCCUAUGGAAAGAAAGGUCAGUACAUCCUUUCUGUAGGCAGAGCCAACCUCAAUAAGGAACUGCUAACAGCGGCUGAAGCAUAUCCAAACACACAACUGAACUUUAACCAUAGGCUGCUUGACUGGAGUCCAGAAACAGGAACCAUGACCUUUCUUGGGACUGAUGGUACUGAAAAGGAGAUCCAGGCAGAUUUCAUAGUGGGCUGUGACGGAGCCUUCUCUGCUACGAGAAAGCAGUUUUUACGCCGCAGUCGCUUCAAUUACAGCCAGACCUACAUCCCCCAUGGAUACCUUGAGCUCACUAUGCCUCCAAGAAAUGGUGAUUUUGCAAUGGAGCCCAAUUUUCUUCAUAUCUGGCCAAGGAACACAUUUAUGAUGAUUGCUCUCCCGAACUUGGACAAGACCUUCACCUGCACACUCUUCAUGCCAUUUGAGGAAUUUGAGAAGAUUACCACAGACGAUGAGCUGAUGAACUUCUUUCAGAAAUACUUCCCAGAUUCCAUUCCACUCUUAGGAGUUGAUGCUCUAAAGAGGGACUUUUUCCGACUGCCUGCCCAGGCCAUGGUGUCAGUGAAGUGUUCUCCUUAUCAUCUGAAUGACAAAUGUGUCUUAAUGGGGGAUGCUGCUCAUGCUGUCGUGCCAUUUUAUGGCCAGGGCAUGAAUGCAGGCUUUGAGGACUGCCUCGUAUUGGAUGAGAUUUUGGAUCAGUUUAAUGAAGACUUUUCUGCUGCUCUCCCGGAGUACACACGAGUCCGUGUACCUGAUGACCAUGCCAUAGCUGAUUUGGCUAUGUACAAUUAUGUAGAGAUGCGAGCACAUGUGAAUUCCAAGUACUUUCUGUUCCGUAAAUAUCUGGAAAACGCACUCCAUUUUAUCAUGCCGAGAACAAUAACCCCACUGUACACAAUGGUCACCUUUACCCGAACACGCUAUCAUGAAGCAGUGAUCCGCUGGCAAUGGCAGAACAAGGUGAUUAAUCAGGGCCUGUUGAUUUUGGGAACAGUAUCUACAGUGGGAUUGACUUAUCUGCUAAUCCGAUACAUUCCCAAAAAGCCCAGCAUUACUGUGGAGCAGCUAUGGAGCAAAGUUCUCACCCUCAAAUGGUUCCAAAAGUAAAAUUCCCCAAAUGAACAUGGAAUGUAUUUCAGGAUGCCCCUGUCAUUCUCCAUGCUUUUAUGCCCAUCCCAGUUUCAAUGAAUAAGUACUGUUAGAUAGUUAACCUCUGUUAAAAUUGAAUUACAGCAAAUCACUGGUGCUUUUAGACUCAGAUUCAGAAAAUCCUGAUAAUGUUUAAUGAGACUUUGAAAGAGCAAAAUCAAGAGGGCUGGGUUUGGUUUAAUCUUAAUAAAUAGCAGUAAUUCUUAUUAGAACAAUUAAAUAAUAUAAAACACAGAACAUAAUUAGAGAAAUGAUGUCAUGAUGCUGAGCUCAGACAGGUCUCCUGGACUUAAAAAAAAAAAUGUAGUUGCAUGUAUUUGUAUUAUAGAUUACCUCAUGGCUAACAUAUUCGUGCUAAAAGUUUUGAUUUCUUGAGUAAUGCUUGAGCAAGACCCUUAAUAUUUACAUGCUCAGCUAUAUACAUGGAUUGAAUUAGGAAUCACUUUUACAUAAAAGCUGUUUUCAAAGUGAAUAUGUAUUUGAAUGUUUAUAACAUUAUCCAUUUCAAUCUAAAAAAUUAAUUCUGCCAUUUCGCUCAAUUUACAUUAGUAGGUCUGUUCUUUUUAUUGUCUGGAAUACAUUUACAUUUAUGGCAUUUGACAGACUGUCUUAUCCAUAGCAACUUACAGAAGUCGUAUUUUAGAUUUACAAUACACUUCCUAAUGCCCAUAUGUUUUAUAUGUGUGCUUGCUACAUAUAAUCUGUAUUGCUCUCCUCUUAUGUGGUAGAAAUGUAUGACUUUCCAACACCUUACAUCUCUGCCCGAUCAUUUGUACUAAUGCAUAGUCAAUCUAGCAACAAUUUAGCCAGCAGUCAUCUUCAGUUUGCUUGUUUCUGUCCACAAAACUUUUGUGUUUGUAUAGAGUUGAUCCCUCAUGCUGUUAUGAAGAAUGAAAGCCCGGCUAACUGCGCUCACCAUUUGGUGUUUACCGGUUAUCUGUCAUCAAACAUUCUGCAUAAUCUUGUUGUUCUAUGCACUAUGGAUGUGUGCCUCUGUUUCAGUGAAGUAUAUGCUCUCUGCUAUUUGCUAUGCUGACCAAUUAACCCAAUCAGUCCUGUACAGGCUGCUCAGGUGAACAUGGACAUGGGUAGGCAUGGCCCAUUUGGUUAUUAAUAAUAAUAAUAAUAAAAUACAUGUGAAUUUCU